CGGCCCCCGGCCUCCCAGCCGCUCCUGCAGCCCGCCGCGGCCCCAGUGCGCGCAUCCCGCCGGUCUACUCCGAUCUCUACAAUCCCCGGCCCGGGGCGGACCCGGGGUGGGGGUGGGGAGAGGGUCCUUGCGCUCUCGCGAGAAGCACGCGGCUGCAGGGGAGUGGGGGUGCCGGAGCCAGAUCCGGCCCUCGAGGGGCUGAAGAUGCGCGGGUGCGCGGUGCGGCCCCAGCUGCUCCUGCUGGCGCUCGCCCUCCAUCCUUGGAAUCCUUGCCUAGGCGUGGACUCCGAGAAGCCCGUUAGCAUCCCCACAGAUAAAUUAUUAGUUAUAACUGUUGCAACAAAAGAAAGUGAUGGAUUCCAUCGAUUUAUGCAGUCUGCCAAAUAUUUCAAUUAUACUGUUAAGGUCCUUGGUCAAGGAGAAGAGUGGAGAGGUGGUGAUGGAAUUAACAGUAUUGGAGGGGGCCAGAAGGUGAGACUGAUGAAAGAAGCCUUGGGACAGUAUGCCAGUCAGGAUGACCUGGUUGUCUUGUUUACUGAAUGUUUUGAUGUCGUAUUUGCUGGUGGUCCAGAAGAAGUUCUUAAAAAGUUUCAAAAGACAAAUCAUAAAGUGGUUUUUGCAGCUGAUGGAAUUUUGUGGCCAGAUAAAAGACUAGCGGACAAGUAUCCUACUGUACAUUUUGGGAAACGCUACCUGAAUUCAGGAGGGUUCAUUGGCUAUGCUCCGUAUAUUAACCGCAUAGUGCAGCAGUGGAAUCUCCAAGAUAAUGAUGACGAUCAGCUCUUUUACACUAAAAUCUACAUUGACCCCUUGAAAAGGGAAGCCAUUAACAUCACAUUGGAUCACAAAUGCAAAAUCUUCCAGACGUUAAAUGGAGCCACAGAUGAAGUGGUUUUAAAAUUUGAAAAUGGCAAAGCUAGAGCUAAGAAUACAUUUUAUGAAACAUUACCCGUGACAAUUAAUGGAAAUGGACCCACCAAGAUUCUCCUGAAUUAUUUCGGAAACUAUAUACCUAAUUCAUGGACACAGGAAAAUGGCUGUACUCACUGUGAAUCUGAUACAAUCAACUUGUCUGCAGUAGAUGUCUAUCCAAGUGUGACCAUAGGUGUUUUCAUUGAGCAACCAACGCCUUUUCUACCUCGAUUUCUGGACACACUUUUGACACUGGAUUACCCAAAAGAAGCUCUUAAACUCUUUAUUCAUAACAAAGAAGUUUAUCAUGAAAAGGACAUCAAGGUAUUUUUUGAUAAAGCCAAACAUGAAAUCAGUACUAUAAAAAUAGUAGGACCAGAAGAAAAUCUAAGACAAGCUGAAGCCAGAAACAUGGGAAUGGAUUUUUGCCGUCAGGAUGAAAAAUGUGAUUAUUACUUCAGUGUGGAUGCAGAUGUUGUCUUGACAAAUCCAAAGACUUUAAAAAUUUUGAUUGAACAAAACAGAAAGAUUAUUGCUCCUCUCGUAACACGUCAUGGAAAGCUAUGGUCCAACUUCUGGGGGGCUUUGAGUCCUGAUGGAUACUAUGCUCGAUCUGAAGACUAUGUGGAUAUUGUUCAAGGGAAUAGAGUAGGAGUAUGGAAUGUCCCGUACAUGGCUAACGUGUACCUAAUUAAAGGAAAGACACUCCGAUCAGAGAUGAAUGAAAGGAACUACUUUGUUCGUGAUAAAUUGGAUCCCGAUAUGGCUCUUUGCCGAAAUGCUAGAGAAAUGGGGACAUUCAUGUACAUUUCUAAUAGGCAUGAAUUCGGAAGGUUAUUAUCAACUGCUAAUUACAAUAUUUCCCAUUAUAACAAUGACCUCUGGCAGAUUUUCGAAAAUCCUGUGGACUGGAAGGAAAAGUAUAUAAACCGUGAUUAUCCAAAGAUUUUCACUGAGAAUAUAGUUGAGCAGCCUUGUCCAGAUGUGUUUUGGUUUCCCAUAUUUUCUGAAAAAGCCUGUGAUGAAUUGGUGGAAGAAAUGGAGCAUUAUGGCCAAUGGUCUGGGGGGAAACAUCAUGAUAGCCGUAUAUCCGGUGGUUAUGAAAAUGUCCCAACUGAUGAUAUUCACAUGAAGCAAAUUGAUCUGGAGAAUGUAUGGCUUCAUUUUAUCCGCGAGUUUAUCGCUCCAGUUACGCUGAAGGUUUUUGCUGGCUAUUAUACAAAGGGAUUUGCGCUAUUGAAUUUUGUAGUCAAAUACUCCCCUGAUAGACAGCGUUCUCUUCGCCCUCAUCAUGACGCGUCUACAUUUACCAUCAACAUUGCACUUAACAAUGUGGGAGAAGAUUUUCAGGGAGGAGGUUGCAAAUUUCUGAGGUACAAUUGCUCCAUUGAAUCCCCACGUAAAGGCUGGAGCUUCAUGCAUCCUGGAAGACUCACACAUUUACAUGAAGGACUUCCUGUUAAAAACGGAACAAGAUAUAUUGCAGUGUCAUUUAUAGAUCCCUAAGUUAUUUACUUUUCAUUGAAUUGAAUUUUCUUUUGGAAUGGAUGACUGGCUUGAACAUGUCUUUGAAGUUGUGCUUGAGAAGAUGAGAGGAAUAUUUAAAUAACUUCAACAGAACAACUUCACUUUGGGCCAAAUAUUUGAAAAACUUUUUAUAACACAAUUCUUUGAUGUGUCUUAGUAUCUGCUCUGAGCCUUAAAACACAGGUUGAAGAAGAAAAGAAAGAGAAAAAGUAAAAGAAAAUAUUUAUUUAUAUGCUUUAUAGUCUCUGAGAAUAUUGACAAUUUUCUGAAUUUGUGUUUCAAGUUGAUAAAAUAUUCAGGUACAGAUAUAUGAAAAUAGGACUAAAUAAUAUUUUCUAAUUUAAAAAAAAAAAGCCUGGGAAGAAUCUUAUUUAUCAACGUGUAGGAGAAAUGUAGACAAAUAGAUAUAAAUGAAAAUUAGCCAGUUUUCAAGCCUUGGAAACCUGGUUCUCACUGAAAUCAUAUGUAGUCAUACAAGCACUUCUUUGACCAACCUAUGCAGGUCCCUUCUAUAGAAGUUACUAAGGGGACGUAAAAUGACACGGUGUUUUUCCUUGAAAAACUUAGUACAAAACACAACUGAGGAGCAUAUCUAGUUAAAUUCAUUUUUUGUUGUUGUUGUUUAGAUUGUUAAGCAGAUUAACAUUUGUAUUAAAAAAAUUAAACCCUAUCUAUGUUCCUUCAGAAGAAUCUUCCAAAGUGGAUUAUAUGAGGAAGAUAUUAGACUUAGGAUAAUUUGCAAGCUUUUCCAUUUCAUACAGUAUGUCAAGUAUUGACUUAAGAUCAGCAAGUGUCCUUAACUCAAAACAUUUAUUUUUUUGUUUCCUAGAAAAUGU